UUUGAAUAAUGCGCUCCUUACAAUUUCCUACCCUCAUUCCGUCAAACGUCACGACCUUGGAGGAAUCAUCAUGGCCUGAUCAUGGCCGCGAUGACAAAUACUACGAAACAUUAUUGCGGCGCAUUUAUGUUUACAAAGUGCUAAUUUUUAAAUAUUUAUAUGUGUCAUACACAGAGAGUACACAAUAUGCUUGAUUAGCGCACAUGAUGCCAGAACGUGUGAACCUGUCCGUCUCGUCAGUCCAUCCCAGCUGCGCUGUGCCACACCCUGUUCUUGUCAGCAAUAACCAGUUGUGCCCAAUUCUUGACUGCUCAAAGAAUGUGCUUUUCCCUAUAACAUACACCAUUCCUGGAGUUGGCAUGUAGUCAAGUAUGCGUAUCACUCCCACUUUAAUAGUGUUGUAUAUAUUAGUUGGUAAACAGGCUCGAACCAUCUCUUUAAAAUUUGUGGGAGCGUACAAAAGAAAGCAUGUUGUAGAAAUGUUUGUUGCUGUCAGCUGUUUAUUACAUUUUUUUUCUUUCAAAACACUAAUUUUUAGUGUAAUGUUUGCCAACAUCCUGGGUGGACUUUACAUAUUGUUUUGCUGCCAUGUGAACUUGCUUAUGCUUGCUUGUUAGUGGAGUUAGCUAGAGCUUCUCAGGUGUACUUAAAUAAAUAUACAGUUGUAGUCCCAAGGAAAAUAGUUAAGAUGAGUCAGAAGAGACAAAUGAACUGUGUGAUUUUUCAGUGUAUAAUGUAUAAAGAUAAAAUCACAGACAUACUGAAAUAUUUUUAUAAGUAUCAUAUAUAAAUACAUAUAUAUAUGUAUAUGGCUGUAGCACAAUAUUAUGCAAUAUGACUGUUGCUACAUUUUAUUACGUAAAUUAUAGUAUGAUACUUUUUUUAAAAAUUCUGUCCUUAUAAUUUGUACCAUGUAUGCUGUGAUCAGAUUUUCAAAGACCAAUUAGUUGACAAGUGUGAUAUAUAAACUGUGAACUCUAGGCUUGUUGAAUAUUUACCUGCUGUUACACAUGAGUGUUCUUCUUUAUGCUCUGUUAUGUCUGCUCUUUAUCCACCAGUCAGAGUGGAGCACUGUUGGCAUUGUGGAAUCUGUGCAGAUUUUAUGCUCACGUUAUUCGUUCACUUGUGUUACCGACUGAUGAUUGUUGGUGGCGGUUUGUUUCACCGCUUUGGUUGUGAUUGUAAAUAUAUAUAUAUAUAUAUGUGUGUGUGUGUGUGUGUGUGAGAGAAUAAUUUCCUUCUGCUAUUGGUGGUUGAACUUGAGUACCCAAAUUAGCUUUUGCAUAUUUGCUGGUACAAAUGCACCAAUUAUUGUUUAGGGUAAGAUACCACUUCUCCUGUAGCUUAUCAUAGCACAAAUGACGCCUUGGUUACAGGAUAGGCAGGUGCUUUGGGAGUCUACUUGAAAGAUAAUGCUAUCAAGUGAAGACUGGUUAGAAUUUGUUAUUUUGUUUCAAAGAGUCCACAAGUGCUGCUGUGAUAGUGUUGUGAUGCUCACUGUAGACAAUCUCAUGUCAGAACCUUGUCUGACCUUGGAAUGACUUGUUGAUUGUCUAUCACUAUGUAGAUAACAUUUGAGAGUUUGAUAUUGGCAUGGACUUAGUAUUGAACAAAUUUACUGUUACCUAUUUAUUUGCAUCAUAGUAUUUUAUCAUUUGAGUGCCUAUUGGAAGUGUAAAUCAAAAAGGCAUCAUGCAAAUUAUAAACAAUUUUUUGCCACUAAGUGAAGUAAAUUAAUUUUAUCUCACCUUUUUGUAUUUUUCCAUUUGUCUUGUUUUAUGAAUCUAUAAAGUAUACCAAUUGUGAAAAUGAUUAAUUACGCAUUAAACAAUUGUUUAAACGAACAAUUUGCUAGACAAUCUUCAUAUGCAAAUGCAAUCAAAUCACAGCAUCCCAGAGGCAAGACUAAUUAUAGCCCUACUAUAGUGGUUAUUUUUCUGGUGGUUUGUGCUUACCUUGUCAAGACUUUUUUGUGCUCCUUCUGUGAAUCCCAAUUUCUUCUGACUAUAAAAAGA